UGUGGGUCUGAUCACCAUCUCGCGGGAAAAAUCAGCGGUGUCAGUUCGUCCCAGUGGUAGCACCAUGACACAGAACACCUCAUCCAGUCACUGGCGGGAGCUGGGAAAUGGGAUUUACGUGACGGCGAAAGACGGACUCUGUCCGGCCAUCAGGAAAGACCGACUCAGGCAGGCCGCAAAUUGCUAUUACAAAGCUUUCAACUUCAGUGUUACUGAUGACGAAAAGAUGUCUGCAGCGAAGAAUUUGGCCAUGGUGUCAUGGAAGACGGCUAAGGUUGAUGAAGAAUGUCUGGAGAAAAUGUCUCUGAUGAUUCACCAGUAUAAAGAGGCGUUCAAGCAUUUUUCCUAUGGCUUCCAUCAUUCUGUGAGCAUAAAGCCAGAAUCUUGGCGUGAUGGGCUGUACGCCUCAGCCAAGAGCUGCUGGGACGAGUUACGGGCUGGACGAGUGAGCGAGCUGACGAUUGAGAACAGGAUACACAUUUACCAUGACCUGGUACAACACAUGCAGAUCCCAGAGAUUCAGGCCGAAUGUUACAUUGAGCUGGGUAACUGUCACUUCCACUGUGGAAUUACUGCUAUCCAGAAUAAGGACUUCAAAAGAGGACUGUACGAAAUGAGGGACUGCUACAUGCCCAUCAAUGAGGCCAAGCGGUGUCAGAAUGAGAAGAUUAACAUUCAGGCAGAGGUUCGAAUCCUAGAGGAAGACGUUUUUAUGCACCAGUGCAUGGCGGAGUCUAUGCAGGCCAUUAGUAUUGGCGAUCAGUUGUAUGAGAAGCUGUUGCUGGAUGAGGAAACCCUGAACAUGGACUUAGUGUACGACAUAACAGACUGGUAUAAACAGGCAGUGGUCCGCACACGUGAGGUGACAGAGGUGGAACUGGAGGCACUGGCCCUCAGUCGCCUCGGGAGGGUCUACGACAGGGUCCUCAAGAUUAGAUACAAGGCCAAGGAAUAUCUAAUGAGAUCAAUGCAGUUAGCACACUCAAUGCAUCCCCGCACGUUUAACACAGAAGAAUGGUUUAAAGACUGUGCAGGAAUACUGGAACGAUAUCAGAAGGAAACAGUAGCUGCUGAAGAAGAACAGUGGAAUAAGGAACGAGAAGAAAUAAUAAAAGGCAUAGAGAAGGAGAUGAAGGGUAUCAACAAAGCAGAUGAGAAGGACAGCCAGGAGUUCCUGCGCUAUAUCUACAGGGUCUUCCCGCCAAAGAACGCGGAUCACAAGCUGGAGGGGGAAGUGAAGAAAAAGGGGACACAUGUGGAUCAUUGUACACUGAAGAAGACCCUACAGAAGGCCGUCAUCCACUACCACCCAGACAAAGUGGAUGCAGACAAACACGGUAAAGUGUGGAAAGUUCUCUCGGAAGAAAUCACAAAGAGGCUUACAAGGAGAUACGAGGGUAUGAAAUAAACGAGACACAACGAUGCAAUAAAUGAAAUUCAGAAAGACAAAGGAUGCAAGAUUGUAGAUGUAGAUGUAAAUCGUAGAUGUAGGUUGUAAAUGUAGAUUGAAUAACAUUUUAAAAAUAUUCUAAGUCAUAGUUUUACAUAGUAUAAACAUGAACCUUGAGUUCAUAGUAGGAUCAUAAGAUCUUAAUUGGGAUUUAAUGCAAUAACUCCGAUGAGUGAUGUGGCCCAUGGACCUUCUUUUUCCUAACACAAAGUGCAUUGGAAGACAUUUUUCCUCUACCAUUCAUCUGCCUUUUAGAGAUUAUAAUAGAUAUGUAGUAACAUUAUGAAUCUGUGUGCUUUAUGCUUUGGGGAGGGGGGCGGUCAGGGGGAAGCACAAAUGUGCACUUUUUCAUCAAACUAUAAAAAAUCCAAUAAAAUUUUGUACAUUCAUGAUAUCAUCUCUUAGCAUUAUCAUGAUCAUCUUUCUAUAAAUUUCUCGUGAUACAAUAUAAAAAAGCUGUUCAUUUACUUGAUAUCAAAAACUGUUAACAAUUUGGUCAUUUAAGGAGGUCAAAUAAGGUCCAUACUGUACAUAGUCCUUUAAGUGUCAUAUACAUCUUUAGACAUCAUCAUUUUUAUUAAGGAGGCAUUACGAAAUGUGUAUUUCUUUGUAGUGAGUAGUAUUUUGCUUUUUUUAUAGUGUUUUCCAAGCAAUAGAUACAGUUUUUACAUGUAUGUUUAGAAUUUUAUUAUGUUUAUACGUGUUUGUAAUGCAUGCGAAAGAGUUGUGUCCAGUGUCCAAUAUAUCUAGUCAAAAAUACUGCUGUUAAUUCGUAUUUUAGAAAACUUUUUAGAUUGGGUUACUGAAUACAGCUGGCCAAGUGGUGAUCUUUGUUUGAAUAAUAAAUGCUAUAGAAAAGAAUUAUAAUUCGUUUUCGUCUCUAAAAGUGUUACAUCACUACAACUUUCUAAUACGAUUUGCUAGUGUGCAACUUCCCAUGGCUUAGAAUUGAAAUCUGCAAAUCAAUAAUUUGCUGCAGGAAAACGAAUAUGUGAUAUGCACACUUGAAAAUGUAUACUACAAGUUUUAAGAAAAUAUUUCUAAAUCAAAACUGAUGUCAAUACUUGAUGUCAUGUCAUGCAAUAUAUAAAGACAUUUUAAUGUUAAAUAAACCAUAGUGUUUCCAUAAAUGUGUAUUGUUUAAUCAACAUUGAACUUACUUUAUUGAAUAUUAAAGUUUUUGAAGAUUUA